AUGGCCUCAAACGUGACGUCCUUCAGCACGCUGCGGGCGCGGUCUUAUAUCCUUCGGCUGCCACUCUUCACACGCAUCGUUCUCCUCAUCAUUGUGGCCGCCUGGCUUGCCAGUAUACAGUCUGUCUGGGACGUUAAGCAAUGGGGCGCGUUAAUACCCGACCAACUGUCCUUUACAUCCUCUUAUCGAAUGAAUACUUAUCCCUUCGUCCAUACGAACUUCAUCCAUGUGGUCCUUAAUUUGGUGGCCCUUACGCCGUUAAUGGAACGAUUCGAGGCGGAAUUCGGGACACUGACUUCAAUAGCGCUUUUCAUCGGCCCACUAUCGACAAUCCCAGCCGUUACCUAUGUUCUGAUUGAGCGAUUUCUCUUCAAAGGCAAUGUUGCUGUUUUAGGUGCCAGCAUAUGGGUGUUCCUACUUCUCGGCAUGGAGGCGAUUCGCACCUAUAAGACGAACCCCCAUUUGACGAUCGCUACGCAUUCGAUUCCUACAUGGACGACUCCUUUGAUUCUUAUCCUAGUUGUCACGGCUCUUGUUCCUGGUACAAGUUUGCUGGGCCAUCUGUGCGGCGUUCUGGUUGGGUAUUUAUUCGGCCUCGGAUAUUUAAAAUUUCUGAGUCCGCCCGAGAAAGCUCUCCGCUGGGUCGAGUCGAAGUUGAAUCUGUUAGGACGUCUCCCGCAUUAUGUGAGCGUGGACCAGAAGACAUACGGCCGCUUCGGCGUAUUGCCUUCCAAUAACCACGCUCCCGGCGGCAGUGCGCCCAUCGCUCUUGUGGGCAGUACACAGAGACUUGGCCCCUAA